AUGGAGUUUCCUGCGGUGGCACUGUCGUUCAUCCUGGCCCUGCGAAUAUCUCCGCUGGCUUCUGGGAGCAAACUGCAGCCCCACAUGCCGAACGUCUGCGCGGAGCAGGAGCUGGCGGUGGUGGGGCAGCAGCAGCCGUGCGUGCAGGCGCUGACCCGCGCCGUCAAGGUGUGGAAGCAGGACUGCGGGGGCCGGCGCUGGUGCACGGGCUACGAGCGCAGGGUGCUGUACUACACGGGCUACAGGCAGCUGUACCAGCUGAGAUCCCACACCACGUACAGGUGCUGCCCGGGGUGGUCCCAGCUGGCCGGGGAGGACGGGUGUCUGCACCAUGUGGACGAGUGCCAGGUCCACAACGGGGGCUGCCAGCAGAGGUGUGUGAACACCCUGGGCUCCUACUACUGCGAGUGCCGGCCGGGCUCCCGCCUGCACACGGACGGCAGGACCUGCAUCGCUGUGAACUCCUGUGCCCUGAACAACGGUGGCUGUGAGCACGACUGCGUGCAGGUGACGCUGGCACAGCACCGCUGCCAGUGCCGCCACAACUUCCAGCUGCAGGAGGACGGGAAACGCUGCGUCCUGAGGAACCCCUGUGCCGACGGGAACGGGGGCUGCCAGCACCGCUGCCAUGGCCACCGCGGCCGCGCCCGCUGCGAGUGCCACCCCGGCUACCGCCUGGGGCCCGACGGCAAGGCCUGCGAGGAUGUGAACGAGUGCCUGACCGGACUGGCCAUGUGUUCACACCAGUGCCUGAACACACGGGGCUCCUUCAAGUGCACCUGUAACCCGGGCUACGAGCUGGGGGCGGAUGGCAAGCAGUGCUACCGGAUAGAGAUGGAGAUUGUGAACAGCUGCGAAGCCAACAACGGGGGCUGUUCCCAUGUGUGCCACCACACCAGCUCUGGCCCAGUGUGCACCUGUAACUUUGGCUUUCGGCUGGAGGAGGACCAGAAGUCAUGCACUGAUAUCAAUGAGUGUGACACUGGUUCUCACUGUUGUCACCAAGACUGUUACAACUACCCUGGGGGCUACGAGUGCUCCUGCCAUGCUGGGUACAGGCUGAGCACGGAUGGCUGUGGGUGUGAUGAUGUGGAUGAGUGCUCUUCAAACAACGGGGGGUGUGAACACACGUGCCAGAACCAGCCAGGGUCGUUCCAGUGUGGCUGUGAGAUUGGACACAAGCUGGACGAAGACCGAAGGAGCUGCAUCUCCCUGGAGGACACUGUGGAAGCUCUGGAUGGUCGGCGCCCCGUUAUCCGCCCGAUCCCUCACGUCGCCAUCCUGCGAGAUGAAUUCACCCAGCUCUUCAACGACGACUACGAGGAGGAGGAGGAGGAAGAGAUGGAAGCAAGAGGGGAGCACACGCUUUCAGAGAAAUUCGUUUGCCUGGAGCGCACGUUCGGCCCCGACUGCAGCCUGACCUGCGAGGACUGUGCCAACGGAGCCGCCUGCAACGCCGAGGGCACCGGCUGUGACUGCCCAGCGGGCUGGACGGGCACCCUCUGCAACCAGACUUGCCCGACCGGCACCUUCGGCAGCAACUGCAGCCAGAGCUGCCGCUGCCAGAACGGCGGCUCCUGCGACCCCACCACCGGCGCCUGCCGCUGCCCGCCCGGCGUGGCCGGGGAGCUCUGCCAGGACGGGUGCCCUAAAGGAUUUUUUGGGAAACAAUGCAGGAAAAAGUGCAACUGUGCCAACCGGGGUCGCUGCCAUCGGAUUUACGGAGCCUGCCUGUGCGAUCCUGGCUUGUACGGCCGGUACUGCCACUUGGCCUGUCCCAGGUGGGUGUUCGGCGCGGGCUGCUCGGAGGAGUGUCGGUGUGUGCAGCCCCACACGCGGGACUGCGACAGGAGGGACGGCUCCUGCCACUGCAAGCCCGGCUACCGAGGGGAGCGCUGCGAGACCAGCUGUGACCCUGGCUACUAUGGGGAUGGCUGCAAGAAGAAGUGUGGCUGCUCCCCAGGAGUGUCCUGUGACCCUGUCACUGGAGAGUGCCAGAAGGAGUGUCCCCCAGGGUACCACGGGGAGAACUGUGACCAAGAGUGCCCCCAGGGGACGUUUGGGGCAGGCUGCAGGUGGCCCUGUGCCUGUGGAGGAGCUCCCUGUGACCCGAGCACGGGGCAGUGCCACUGCCCGCCCGGCUGGAUGGGACACGACUGCGGCCAAGCCUGCCCUGAGGGUCGCUGGGGGCCGGGCUGCCAGGAGAUCUGCCCCGACUGCGCCAACGACGCCCGCUGUGACCCCGCCACAGGAGCCUGUGUGUGCCCGCCCGGCUACACCGGCCAGCGCUGCCAGGACGUGUGUCCUCCAGGCUGGUUCGGCUCCGACUGCCAGCUGAGCUGCAGCUGUGGGAACGAGGGACAUUGUCAUCCGGUGACGGGGAUGUGCAGCUGCCCACCUGGCUGGAUGGGGCACAACUGUCAGAGAGCCUGUGACGUGGGGCACUGGGGCCCCGACUGUGCCCACGCCUGCAACUGCAGCAACAGCGACGGCAGCUGCAGCGCCGAGACUGGGCAGUGCCUCUGCGACGCCGGGUACACGGGCGGCCACUGCGAGCACAAGUGCCCAGAAGGAUGGUUUGGGCUGAGCUGUCGGCACCAGUGUCAGUGUGAGAACGGGGCAGCCUGUGACCAUGUCAGCGGGGCCUGCACUUGCAGCCCAGGCUGGAGAGGAACAUUCUGUGAGCACGCCUGUCCCGAUGGAUUUUACGGACUGGAGUGUCGGCAGACCUGUGACUGCCUGAACGGUGCCCACUGUGACCCUGUGACGGGCCAGUGCCAGUGUCCCCCCGGCUGGACCGGCCCCCGCUGUGGCCAGGCAUGCCAGGAGAACAGGUACGGCCAGGACUGCAGCCAGACCUGCCACUGCUUCAACAAUGCCACCUGCAGCCACGUCAGCGGCCGCUGCCUCUGCACUGCCGGCUGGACGGGACCCACGUGCCAGCAAGCCUGCCCGGCGGGUUCCUUUGGGAAGAACUGCCUCCAGCGCUGCCUCUGCCAGAACGGCGGCACGUGUGACCCGGCCACGGGGGUCUGCGCUUGCCCCACGGGCUGGACCGGGCUGGCCUGCGAGCUGGCCUGUGCCCAGGGCCAGCACGGGGCCGACUGCCAGCAGCGCUGCGAGUGCCACCACGGGGGGCUGUGUGACCGCCGGACGGGGCAGUGCCUCUGCCAGCCCGGCUGGACGGGGGACAAGUGCGAGAGCCCUUGUCCAGAGGGGCGGUUUGGGGCACGCUGUGAGGAGCUCUGUGACUGUGGGGACAGUGUUUCGUGCCACCACGUCACCGGCGCUUGUGACUGCCCCCGUGGCUGGAGAGGCCGGCGCUGUGAGAAGGCCUGCCUGCCAGGUUCCUUUGGGAAGAACUGUGCCAGCCGCUGCACCUGUCCCCUGGGAGUGCCCUGCCACCACGUCACCGGCCAGUGCGGCUGCCCCCCGGGACUGACCGGCUCUGGAUGUGAAAAAUCCUGCCUGCCUGGAACCUUCGGAGAGGGCUGUGCUCAGAUCUGCCAGUGUUCUGGAGCCACCCAGGAAUGUCACCCAGUCACCGGUGCCUGUGUCUGUGCCCCCGGCUUCCACGGCCCCUCCUGCCAGCUGGAGUGCUCCCCUGGGUGGUACGGCCGUGACUGUGAGAGGCCGUGCCAGUGCAAGAACGGGGCCCGGUGUGACCCUGCCACGGGGAUGUGCCACUGCCCGCCCGGCUACAUCGGCGCCGACUGCGGCAUCGGAUGUCCCGCUGGCCGCUAUGGGCAGGACUGUGCGGGGCUGUGCUCCUGCGGGGCCGGCGCUCCCUGUCACCCCGUCACCGGGGACUGUGUUUGCCCACCCGGCAGAGCUGGGCCCACCUGUGAGCAAGGCUGUGAGAAGCACCGGUAUGGGGUGGGCUGCCAGCAGACCUGCUCCUGCCACAACGGGGGCCUCUGUGAUGCAGCCGAUGGCUCCUGUUCGUGUGCACCUGGAUGGACAGGGAAAUCCUGCGAAUUAGAAUGCCCGCCGGGAAGGUUCGGUGCCGACUGCCAGCUCCAGUGCCCCUGCCUGCACAACGGCACCUGCGACCCGGGGACGGGGACCUGCCGCUGCCCCGCGGGGCACUACGGGCCCCUGUGCGAGCACAGUUGUCCCGCGGGUUUCCAUGGAGUGGGCUGCCGGGAGCGCUGUGACUGUGAGCACGGGGCCGGCUGUGACCCGACCAGCGGCCGCUGCCGGUGCCCCCCCGGGCUCCAUGGGGAGCGAUGCCACGCAGGCUGCAAGGAAGGAACGUACGGCGAGGGGUGCCAGCGGCUCUGUGACUGUGCUGGGGAUGUGCCCUGUGACCCGGCCACGGGGCAGUGCCUGUGCCCGCCCGGGAAAACCGGUCCCACGUGUGCUGCAGACUGCCGGCCCACCCACUUCGGCCCUGACUGCCACCUGACCUGCCAGUGUGCCCCCAGCAGCUCCUACUGCAACGCUCGGAACGGGCAGUGCCUCUGCCUGGACGGCCACACGGGACCCACGUGCAGGGAAGCCACACAGUCCCUGGGACCCACCAGGUCACCACCACCCCUGGAGGGGCUCUGGCUGGCAGAGCACUAGAUCCUGCUCCCGGGAUUGCUCCCCCAGUGGGACCAAGCAGCCACCUGAAGAAGCCAAUGACCUGUUAAGGAACUCAUUUAUGAGCUGCAUGAGCAGCUUUCAUCUCCUCACAGCCCCAGCUGCUGCCUUUGGGGUUGACUGAGCGAGGCUGCAGCGCCCAGUAUAACCAGUUCACUGCGCCAGCACGGGCUGGCCGUGAGGACACGGGUGCCAACACCAGUGCAGGCCUUCAGCCAGAGACCAGAGGGACCAGUUCAGAAGGAAUCAGUUCUGGUUGGGGGACAGUGGACUUUGGCAGCUCGUGACACAUUGCUGACCUUCAUCUUCUGGGUGCUGGGCUUGGGGAGGGGGCUGAAAAUGUGGGCCAAAUCAGGUAUUUAUGCACCAAUAUUUAUGGGAAGCUGGACCACAGAGCAUUGUCAGGACUGAUGGCUGACCCUGCCCGGCUCUCCUGGGCUUGGGCCUCCUGUGGGUGUACUGCCUCACUUGAAUUAUUUUUUAAAUUUGAUUUUGCAGUGUUGUUUUACUGUAAAUAACUACUUGCUGUGGGGGAACACGUUGGGCUCCUUGCCCACAGUGCAGGCUGUGCUGGAGCCUGUUUAUUAUGCCAGGGGUUUAUCAGCCCAUGGAGCUGCCCGUGUCACCUACUCCACCGAAAAGGAAGCUUAAGUGUGGUAAUCGAAGAUACUGUGUGGAGACAAAGCACUUGCACCACCUGGUCAAUGCACAUCCCUAUGGGAGUGUCCUCCCCCAGCCUUGGACUCUGAGUCAUAGCCAGGGGCUGGGAAUGGGUAGAGGCAGGAAAAGCAGCUGGCUCCUGGCUUGGUGAUGGGUAUGAAGUCAUGGCAAGGCUUUGGCUGCCGCCUACAGCAGCAGGGAAUGCCACCACUCCAAUGCCACUGCUCCAACACCAUCACCCUGGCCAGGGCUCCCCCAGCCCCUGAGCCCCUCUGUCUGUUUGCACAAAGCUCUUGGGCAGGGGAAGCCUGAGAGCCAACACUGUCAGAGGAACCCUGGCUCUGCAGAGGGGAGGGACAGCCCUGUCCCAUCCCACCCCACCCCAUCCCAUCCCCACUGUGGCAGCUGCAGCACAGCCCUGCCCAGGCACUUGGCCUUUAAAUUAUUCCCACAGGGGCCAACUGAAAAUAAUAAAAGAAUUGUUUCUUUUCCUGAUGGAAUUUAUUUUAAGCUGUAUAUAACUUGUAAUUUUGGGCUAAUUCCUUUCUUAUUUUAUUUCUUCCUUAACAGUAUUUUUUGCAUUAGGUAUCAUUCUUGUGAAGAAACGAUGUUAAUAUAAGUAUGUAGUGAAGGACCAAAAUCGUGUCGUUAAGGUUGGAUGUUGGAUGAUGGAUAACCAGGGAGUAGGAACAUUUUGUCCAUGUGCCAAAUGCCCCCAGAUCAGUCCUGCCAGUCGUGCUGCCAAUUCUCCAGACAAUCACCCCUUGGGUUCCCUUUGCCUUGAAGUGCCCGGGGCGUUGGAGGAAGGUUCUAGUGAUGGCCUUGGCUGGUUGGGAACCAGCACCAGCUCCCCCAGUGCAGGAGGAGGAGAAAAAACACUCUGCCUCAAUGGCCUUGCUCCAGGAGAACAUGGAAACAGCCUUAAGUGUGGGGAUGGAUCCAUCCCAUCCUGCUCCAGCAUGAAGCUGAGCUGCAGCUCCGUGACUCCUGAAGCUCAGAGCAAACCAUGUGUCUGAGCAUGGGACCACAGCAACCCUGUAUCUGUAUUUUUAUAUAAUGUGUUUUUUUCCUGUUCAUAUUUCUUAAUACAAAUUGUUUGUUUCCUCUUUU